UCCCUAGGUAAGUCACAAAUUUGAAGGAAGUAUUAACCAUGGGUAAUCGCCCGCAGUACAUGAUCUUCCUCACCCUCCUCCUCGUCACCUCCCUCCAAGCCCAAGGAGUCAUCGAGGAGCAGCACCUGGCCGGCGGCAAGCAGGAGCAGGGCGGCAGCAGGAGAUCAUCAUCAUCGGAGGAGGAGACGUACGUGCCGGUGUCGAGCGUGGUGUACCGGUCGGUGUCGUCGCUGCCGGGGGGGAUGCCACACGAGCCGUUCGAGACGUGCAGUGGGUGCCGGUGCUGCGCCAGGUCCAACGCGAGCGACUGCGUGAACACCCAGUGCUGCUUCGGCAUCAACUGCAACCUCCCCGGGAAGCCGUACGGGACGUGCGCCUUCUGGCCACGCUCCUGCGGCUGCGGCCCCAACAACUGCACCAAACCAUCUCCUCAGUUCAUCGAUCUCCUCUUCUGAAUUAGCAAUACAAUACUGAUCAAAGGCCGGCGUCGUCACUUUUUAUCAGUUUCGAUCGAUCAUAUAUUUGAUAGAUCGAUGUGCGUCAAAAUAUGCAGUGGUCUGAUGAUGAUCCAUUUGCAAACGUAGAGUGGUUUGGUUUGGUCACUCCAUCUUCUUGUGUUCUUUAACUGCUACAUUCAUGUGUUGUCUGUUGAUGCGCGAAUUGAAUAAAUA